AAUAAUCCAUUAUGGAAUUUGCUUGCAAUCAGUGCCAGAUCUGAUGAAUAGGGCAAGAAUAUUGAGGAACAGAGCAGGAGUGCCAAAAUAGCCUCUUUAUCGAUUCACCUCACCGGAAUUUGGAGCCGAAUAACGCAGCUCGAAUAUAGCUUUUGUGGUCCUAAUGGCACUAUUUAUGAUCGGCUCUAUUGGAAGUUUUGUUGUCAUCUGUACCAUUAGGUAUAUUAAAGGCCAAAACCGAGUCAAAAAGAACGAAAUUUUAAAUAGAAUUAUGGAAAUAGACAAAAGACGCCUCGAGAAAAAAUUGAAAAGCGGAAUUACCAUAGGCAUCGAAGUGCCGAAAUAUAUCCCAUGUAAAACAGCAGCAAUUCGGAAAGAAUACGUUCAAGAUUUCACCCCUGAAGAGCUAGAGCAGUUUAAAAGUGAUAUCUUACCUGAACACCAUAUUAAAUAAAGUUUAUCGAGCCAAGCAUAAUGAUGAGUCAAAGUUGCUAAACCAAGAAGAGUGACAUGGGUUUGAAAUCCCUAACAAAAACCACUCAUUAUUUCCUAACUUGAGUAAGAAUGUGAUAGAUGAUAGUGCAUACCUUAAUUACCCGAGUAAGGCUCCAGAACAGUUAAUCUACGUACAUGACUUUACUGAUAAUAAGAUUCCUAAAAUGUUUAGGAAGAUCCUUCUGGGAGAGAUUGGCAUUAACAGCUGUGACUCAAAUUCUAUUAAUGACGAUAUGAGUGAGGAUAACCGGUCCUUGCUACAUAAGAGCAAGGAAAAUAUUAAGAAAAAGAAACUCAAAGUUGUGGUGAAGAAGAAGAGGAAAAAGAAUGUCAAGAAAAGGAAGAAAAUCCCUAGUCCUGACUUGAUGUUACGAUCGUCUAAGGAUAUUAAAGGGCCAGCUAAAAAGAUAAUUGACUUAGCUAAUUCUGAGUCACUUCGAGAGGAGACUCCACCCUUAAUGGACAAAAAUAAUAGCAUCGAAAAUGAUGCAGAUUAUCUCAUGGGGAGUUUUACUGACUCGAAGGAGAGACUUAGUAAGGCUGAUAAGAUGAGUAAAGAUGAUAACCAAAUCCAUGUUUUUGAAGAGCUUGGAGAGCAAGACCAAGAAUAAUUUAAUUU